AUGCAGGUUUGUGAACCAGACUACUUGUAUACUAAGAGAACUAGCAAUUACUUUUUGGUGCAGCUUCCGAGCACGCAGUGCUGCUUUGAUAUUGUUUGUGAGUGUCUCAGUGUAUUUAGAUCUAUUUUGUUACAGUCAGGGGAUAUUGAAAUGAACCCUGGUCCUGGUACUGAUGCUGUGCUUGCCGAACUGAAAAAACUGUCCGCUGGCCAAACCACAAUAAUUGCCGACAUGCAGGGCCUUAAAAGCCAAUGUACGGCUACAAGUGCUGCACUCGUUGACUUAAGCAAGAGGUUAGCGGAUCUAGAGGGCCAUUAUGAGAAACUACUACCAUUGCAAAUCGAGAUACAGACCAUAAGGGCAGAUACUGAGCCAACAGCAAAGCUUGUUCACACUCUGAAUGCACGCGUUGACGAUGCAGAGAAUCGCUCAAGGCGAAACAAUCUUGUGUUUUACGGCCUUCCUGAUACAGCAGCAUCAGAAACGUCGGCCGCGUCUGAAGAAAAAAUUCUACGUCUAUGCUCAGACCACCUGAACGUGCCACUUGAACCUCAAGACAUAGAGCGAGCGCAUCGUGUUGGUCGCCAUUCUGCUAAUCACCCGCGCCCACUAAUUGUUAGGUUUAAUCAUUAUAAGAAAAAAGAAAUGGUGCUCUCAAAUGGGCGCAAACUUAAGGGCACUCAUCUCAGCAUGGGUGAGGAUUUUUCCCCGGCAGUUAGGGACGCCCGCAGGAAACUUGUUUCGUUUGCGAAAGCAAAAUCUGUGCCAUUUUCUUUGCGCUUUAAAACUCUUUUCAUUGGUUCUAAGCGCUACGUAUACGAUGACACAUCGCAAACAGUGAAAGAAAUAUAGCAGUCAUCGCAUCAUCAAAAAACAAGCCAUCCCCCUCGAACGAAAAGUAUAGCGCAUGUUUCACUUUCAAUAAUUUAUACUAACAUACGAAGCUUCAUUCCAAAACGAGAACACGUGUCUAACCUCGUGCUGUCGUCCAACAGCAACAUUCUUGUACUCACGGAAACGUGGCUUUGUAGCGAAAUCUAUGACUCGGAAGUGUUGGCUGAUUUGCCAAACUUCAGCGUCUUUCGAAAAGAUCGUGCUGGGACUAGAGGAGGAGGUGUGCUUAUUGCCGUUAAUCAACAGUUAUCGUGCUCUGCCAUUAACAUCACAUCAAAAUUAGAAAUACUGUUUGUUCUAUGCCACGCCGCCCCACAGUCCAUAAUUUUAGGUGUAUGUUACAGGCCCCCUCGCAAUAGCGCCGACUUCGCUCGUAAUCUAAACAAUGCACUAAAUGUGGUUUGCUCUCGUUAUCCUAAUGCCGACCUGCUUCUUUUUGGAGACUUUAACUUACCAGACAUUGAUUGGCACAAUGCAGCACCCUCUCUGGUAAGCCAAACCGAAUCGAGAGAUUUUCUCGACGUUUGCCUCAACUUCAACCU